AUGAACGCUAAUAAUACGUGUUGCCAAGAUAGAAAAGUUAAGCAUAACCUGGAGGCCAUUCGAAGCUAUUUCAGAAUCAAAUUAUAUUCAGUAGCGAUGUGCAUUAUACAUCUGUGGGGUGAGGCCAUGAAGCCGUCAUUAGUUUCUCCGGAAAGUAUUGCGCUGUAUUGGUUUAUUAAUUUGUACAAUAUUGAGACUACAAUGGUGUUUUCAAACAAUACAGAUGUUUCACCGAAUAAUGAGCUACCGGUAUGUAUAUGUUCUGAUGGUUCUUACAUAUACGGCUACCAGGGUAUUGUAGAAAUGUUUUUAGAUAAAAAGAUGUCAUUAUUAGAAGCUGGGUUGAUCCAGCAUACAGUGAGUACAUUCGGUUGCCUGACAGAUUACCAGCUAUACUUGAACAAAGUUAAUUAUGAAAAGUAUACGAGAAAAAUAUUUUCGUAUUUGUUACAUUGGCCAAUGUGGUAUAACACACCACUAAAAUACAGAGAGUUGGUUAAAAAGAAAUGUGCUAAUUUGGGAUAUAUUGAAAGUAGUGAUGAUGCGAACAUAGGGAACAGUAUAACAGACCAAGCAGAAAAGGAGUUAGCAAGAAGUAGCAAGGCAUUUAGAAACAUUGAAAAACAGCACGAAAAGAACCAACAGACACUGAAUUAUGUUAAGUAUAGUAUGCAAUAUAUGUCUAAAUUGGAUAGUUCGCUAACCCCAUGGAUUGAAGCUAGAAAGGAGAUUGGUAAGGAAUUAAACGUGUUAGAUAUCUUAUUAUAUGCCCACAUAUAUGUUCAGAUGAUAUUACCAGAUGGAGCUCGUAUCAAAGAGCAUUUAAAGAAGACCUUUCCUGAAUUUUUCACCAUGUUGAUGAGCACUUGCGACAUAUGUUCUUCGAGAAAAGCUGAUAAGGUUACUAUUAGAGAUCCUACAUUUCUGGAGUCAGGUAACAUACCAAUGACUGUUUAUAGAUCCAUUACAUCAUUUUUUUGA